AUGCAGUGGUUGGUUCUUCUGGCACUGCUACCCGGACUGGCUGCUGCACCGUUGAAGAAAUGGCAGGUCCUGGGACCCUUCGUCGUGGGUAAAAAUGAGUUGGAUGGUGAGCCCUGGAAGGCUCAAACGAACGGCUCACGCGCAAACGGCGCGAACGUCUCGGAGCUGGGCGAUGUGCAAGUCACCUCGCGUCGAGCUGAAGCCAAUGGCCUGGUCGCGGUUCAGUGGGAGGUGGAUUGGCAAUCGUUGGUCUCGUUCGUGGGCGGCCAUGAGCUUUUGGAGUGGCAAGCGCUUGCCUGGAGCAGCUUCAAAGCCGAGGGCUUGGUGCAGCUGCGUUGCCAAGGAGUUGCAGCCUUCACCGUGGAUGACAACAUCACCUUGGUGGGUGAUCUCUACUUUGCUCAGCUUCCGCCACAUCCGGUGCACUUGAGCCCUGGCAGCCAUCGACUCUCAAUUCGCUUGCGGGGCAAGUUGAAAACACAGUUCAGUUGCCAUUUGGAGAAGGUCAAAGAAACCUCUUCCAAGAUACUCCUCUUUGGCGAGAGCUUUCUGGCGGUUCCCGACCUCUUGGUCCUGGAGAGCGAGCCCUCCGUUGUCCAUGUGUGUGGUGAGCGCCUGGCGCUGGGCGUGGCCAAUCAGGAUCUGAAGGAGUGGAUCACUGAGCUUCGACCGAUCUUGCUAUCACCCGGACGCUUGAGUCUGGCCGCAGAGCAACCAGCGACCUCGCCCUUAGCACCGGGGCAGAUGGCCAGAAUUCCCGUGAACUUCGAGGCGAAUGCAGGAGCCACCUGCAACGCAGACGAGGAAGUGAUGCUGGAGCUGGCGUUCGAGGGAAAAAUCGCUGGACGAGUGCUGCGCAGUGGAGGGCUGAAGCUCCGCUUGAAGUGCCGCCACGCGAAGCAGAGCUUCGUCUUCACCUUCCAGGAUGUGGAUGGCUCCACGCAACAUGCGGCUGCCGUGAUGCCUCAAAGCUGCAAAGGCGACUGCCCUGUCCUGGUGACCUUGUCUGGCACCAGCAUCUCUGCUCGGGACAGCUCCUCGAUCCCGCGGUGCAGCUUAGAGCUGACGAAGGUCACGGAUGUGUUCCUGGACUUCGACGGGACGCUCACGACCUCGAAUCAUGCGGGGGUGUCUGGCUAUUGCUUGCCCUUGCUGGAACGAUGUGGACACCUUCGUGUUUCUGAUGCCCUGGACGGGUCGGGUGUCUCAACCUGGAGCGACUUGGACCUGCGAAUGGCCGCGGCGACGGGCGAGGUGGCCUUGGACUAUUCUGACAGCUCAGUGCUGGGUAGCUGGGAGGUGCGCAGACAGCUGCAAGGAUCCCUAGAGACUUUGGUCUUGCAGGGUUUGAGGAUACAUGUGCUAACUAUGGGAACACCUCAGACCUGCAAGGCGCUACUGGCAGCUGGUGGCUACGAUGUGAAUCUCUUCAGCCAUUUCCUGGGACCUGCCGACAUGGCCAGGAAUCAAGGCUUGCGGCAUUUGUUCGACCACAGUUCGGAUGUUGGCUCAGCCGAGAGCUUUGAGUUCGAUGUUCAGGAAGAUAUCGACGCCUUGCAUCAUUUGGAGAAGACGGGCGAGGGGAGUCCGAUUCUAGAACGCAUCAUGAGCAUGGAGACACAACUCUACAAAGCUUCACUGAUCCUCUCCCUCGCUGGCCAAGGCGCUGAUGCCUACAAGAUGAAGCACAAGAAGGACAAAGACUAUCGCUUCGGCUUUAAGGAUGCUUGGCUUCUAGCGCCUACUCGACAUGGUGCUCACAACUGGGAAGGCCCCGGAUUGCUCACGGCCAUCCACUCGCUGGACGCGCUGCGGUCCUUCGCAAGCCGCGGAGAGCACGGUCUGCCGUCCGUGGACGUGGGACGAGUGCUGGUGGCCGGGCACUCCAUGGGAGGCCAUGGAGCAUGGCUUUUCGCGUGUCAUAUGGACGUGCUGGGCGUGAUCAGUUCUGCGUCGUGGCUCCGGAAAGAUCAGUACUCCGACUCCAAUAAGGUCUUCCUCCAUGACGUGGCGACAGCCUUUGUGGAACCAACCCUGGCAGCCUUGCUACGGCAGGCGGAGUUGGACUUCGAUGUGGAGGCACAAGCAGCUAGCCUGGUGCACUUACCCGUGCUCAUCCGCGUGGGCAGCCGUGACAGGACGUCGCAUCCCUGGUUUAGCCGCCGGAUCUACCGGACCCUACGAUCCUUAGGCGCUCAGGACGUGACCCUCUCGGAGAUCCCUGACAAGGAACAUUGGUGGUGGGACACCGAUGAGCCCAACGACGGCGGCGCCGUCAACGACCCGGAGAUCCGCCACUUCGUGGCGCGAGUGCUGACCGAGCAGGCGGCCGAGACGCCGCGCAGUUGGCGCCUGUUGGGCAUGGCAUCGAAGGGUGGCUUGUCCUUGUGGCCGCAGCGGGCGGAUCGGCAAGCCGAGGUCUUUGUGGAGCUACCGGAAGGUAGCGCAGCAGUGCUCCGCACCUCGAACGUGCGGCGCCUGCAGUGGCGUCCGUCUCCGCAGCGCCAGGGGGUGAAGCAAGCCCUCGUGGACGGCGAGCUUUUGGUGGUGCCGGAGGAUGAGGUCGCGUCGUGGUGCCUCCAAGAUGACCGAUGGCAGCUUUGCGGAAAGCUUCCACUUACGGAGCGCCAUGCCCGUCAGGCCGGGCCCCUCCGACGGAUCAUCUCUCAGCGCUUGUGUGGGCUGGCGGAUGAGGAGGGCCAAGAGGCUUUGCGCUUCUUUGGAAAUAUGCUCCUGAUGACUGGCCACGGCGGGAUUCGUCAGCUCUCCAUGCAGGAGGCCGUGGACGACGGUGUGUUGGUGCCUCCAGAGGAAUGUGAAGCUUUGUUGGUCCUGGGCACUCCAAUGUCAAACCCCGCAGCCGCCGCCCUUCUGAAGGGUCAGCACGGCACGCCGGGGCCGACGCGACGCCGGGGUGGUGAGACCCCGGUCGGUGACGCGGCGUCGGACGCCCUACAUUGGGCUGAGACACCGAUUGAUCCACCAUUCCGGCAUCUUCAGAAACUCGAUGGAAUUCAAGAAGUGUCGUCCAACGGGAAGUCAAGGGCACAUACCUUCCUGGUGGUCUCCAGCUUGACGACGGUCUUCCUCUUCUCGGGCACUGUCUUCGGAUGGGGUGCGCUCAGCUCGAUGCUACAGAGGGAGGGCUACUAUGAUUGGCUUUGUGAUGCGCCCGAUCCGAACCACCCCUGUGAGCAGCAGCUGCAAGCGCUGAACAACGCCUUCACCCUAGCAACCACCUUUGUUUCCUUGACCGCCUUUGCGAACGGCUGGUUGGUGGACACCUUUGGACCCAUGAAGGUCACCAUCCUCGCAGGCGCCAUGAGUUGCGUGGGACUCAUGGGCAUCGCGCUCACGCGCGCGAUCCCCGGGACCAAGUCCGAGGCCGAGCAGGGCUUCGAUGUGUUUUUGUGGUCCCUCUUGCUGGUGGCCGUAGGCGGCAGCAUGACCAUGUUCAUCGGAUACCAAGCGCCCUUUGUCAUCCCAUCUCACUUCACUUUGCUGAUCGAGGUCAAUAGCUGUCUCUUUGAUGCCGGGACCAUCAUUUUCCCAAUCCUGAAGUUGCUCUACGAUGCGGGCGUGCCCUUCGCAGCCUUCUUUUGGACCUACACGGUGCUGGGAUUCAUUAGCUACUCCCUCUACGCAGUGUCCUGGGCGAUGAACAUGAAGGAGCUCAACGACAUCCGCGCCGCUGCGAGUGGCGACACCGACCUCGCCGGGUCCAGCGCGGCCGCGCCCGAGCGGCAGCGGCCGCUGGAGCAGCGAGGCAUGCUCUCGCAGAUGGCCAGCUGGGAGUUUGCGGCCAUCUUCAUCUACAGCAUCAUCCAGGUGCCACGAGCCAAUAUGUACAUGGGCUCCGUGGAGUUGGUGAACCGGAAGAUGGCGGAGGCGGAAGGCAUUGGCAAGGACACCGUGGCCGGCGUGUCCACAAUCACAGGCUUCAUCAUCCCCUUCGGCUUUUUGGCGGUGCCCCUCAUCGAGCUCUGCGUGCACCGCUUGGGCACCAUUCCCACGGUGCAGGUCACCACGUUGCUGGGGGUGGUCUAUAACCUCAUGCAGCUGAUCCCCAAGCUCUACCUGCAGCUGGCGACCGUUUGUGUCUUCGCUGCCUGGAGAGCCUUCCUCUACAGCACCAUCAGUGCCUUCAACGGCGAGACCUUUGGCGUCAAGACCAUGGGCCGCAUCAUGGGACUCUGUUUCGUCUUUAGUGGCCUGACGAACAUGAUCACUGGGCCUUUAGUCAACGCCGCGGUGGACAGCCAAAACUUCACUGCGUUGCUCGUGGAGGCCUUGUGCGUCUGCAUUCCGCUGCCCAUCAUCUUCCAACUCUUGCAGUGGAAGCGCUCCCGAGAGUCGCAUCCGGCGAGAACGCCCCUGACACGCUCACGGGCGCCUUCCUCGCUCACGGCUGGAACUCCUCAGCACAAGGACAUCUUGGAUCCUAUGGGUGGGAUGUCGAUCACUCGAGCGCGAUCCCUGACGUGGCCCUCGGAGCCCAUCGAGGAGGCCGCGACCACCGCGGGCACGGACACCAUGACGAGCAUGGCAGAGAUCUAA